UUUGCUGGUACCCGGGUGUUUGUUGAGAAUCUCUCGUACGACACUGACUGGGCCGGCCUCAAGGACCACUUCCUCUCGAGCGGAUUCCCCGUCGUCUACACCAGCGUCAGCCAGACGCAGGACGGCGCUUCCAAGGGUUGCGGCAUCGUGCAAUUCGAGAGCUCGGCGGCGGCGGAGGACGCCAUCCGCGAGAUGACCGGCUCCGAACUCGACGGCCGCUCGCUCAACGUGCGCAAGGACGCGCAGGAGUCGAGCCGCCGACAGGCUCGCGGCGCCGGCAGUGGG